ACAGGAGGACCAGCGUUCAAGAAUCCAUCUUCUUGAAGUGUUUGCGAGCAAUGUUGAACACAAUGCAUUAAAGGUGUAUUACAUGUUCAUAUAUAACACAAGAGGUUAAAAUAGGGACCUAACGAUGAGGAGGUGGGGGUACCGCAUGAAGAAGGUUGAGCAGCUUGCUCAAUCAUUCCAGCUCAAUCCUCUGGCUUCACGCUACAAACCUCGACUGUGGCCAUGCCAGCCUUCCUCCGUCUGGAAGCUCUUUCCCCGUCAGAGCAUGGCCAUCGGCUUCGCUCAGACCUGCAAAGAGGCUGUGCAUAUGUUUGCACUUGAAAAGGAAAAUACACCCCAGGGUCAAAGGAUCUACCUGGUUACCAGUUACACUGAGCUCUGGCAUUACUACAGGACUUACACACAGUCCUUGAUGCACUGCUAUGAAGUGAUACCAGAGGGUGCUGUCUGUAAGCUUUACUUUGACCUGGAGUUCCACAAGCCCUCAAACAAAGGAGCCGAUGGGAAAGCUAUGGUGUCUUCACUCAUCAAGUACGUUUGUGACAAGCUAAUGGAAGUCUAUGGGAUCGAAUGCUCCACAAAAAAUGUGCUCAAUCUGGACUCCAGCACAGGAGACAAGUUCAGCCGCCAUCUUAUCUUCAAUCUGGAAAAUGCAGCCUUCAAAGACAACAUACAUGUGGGUUGGUUUAUUCAUGCAAUUCUGCAGCCAAUCCUGUGCACACCUAAGAGUGGUUGUUUCAUGAAUGUUGGAAUGAAUUCAGAAGCCCCCAGCAGCAAAACUCGAGGAGGACAUGCUGUGUCAUUGGAGGAAGAAGAAGACGAGCUGGCUGAGAAUCAGAAGGCUAAGAGGUGCAAGAAAGAAGAGACUGACCUCCGGUUCCUUCAAGUGAAAAACAAGGAUGCUCAAGACUGCCUCUUUGUGGAUCUUGGUGUUUAUACCAGGAACAGAAAUUUCCGCCUUUACAAGUCGUCAAAAGUUGGAAAGAACGCAGCAUUCAACGUGGCAGAUGAUAACACGUUUACUGCUAAACCUGAGAAAGGAGUUUCUGUGGAGGAAAGUGUGUUCUUGGCAUCCUUAGUCUGCAAUGUCAGUUUCACAGGUCAGAGAAUUCUUACAUGGGACAUCCCAGAAAUGAAGGAAUCGAAAACCUCAGGAUGUCAAAACCAGCCGGGAUCAGCCUCAAAUUCAGACCCGAUUUCUGGCUACCUGUCGUCCCCUCAUCAAGAAGUGGACAACUUUGUUUUGACUGUGGUUAAAAAGAAUGGCAUUCAUGGAGGCAUCAGACGAUGGAACUACUUUGCUGCUGAGCAAUUGCUUGUGUACGACAUCUCAAAAUACCGCUGGUGUGAAAAUGUGGACCGGUUUCAUAAAAGCAACAACAUCAUGAUUGUUGUGGAUCUCAAAGAGGAAGUGUGGUACCAGAAGUGCCACGAUCCCCAGUGCAGGAACUUCAGAUCCUCAAGUUACCCACUGCCACAGGAGAUCUGCGUCAGCUACAUGCUGACUCUGGAUGAAGAAGACCAGGCUUACUUAAUGGACGAUGCUGGCAACAUUGAACCCAGCCAGGCACCGAAGCAGACCCCGCAGAGCACGGUGCGGCCAGAGGGGGGCUCUGCUGAUGCGUGGGGAGACGGACAGGAUGACCAGGACUAUUUAGAAAGCCUGGACAACUUUGAACAGAACAAUGAGGAAAUUUCUGACCAGCUUCUGCUCACAUGUAUGGCAGAUUUUGAUUCCAAGUAGAGGUGAAGGUUUGGCUGUACAGGAUCAAAGACACUGUCAAGUCUUUUAAGUGCUCCUAUUCAGUAUUAAUAGGCAGCAUAACAAAAGAAAAAUGUUUUAUUGAUGCGCUAUGUGUAAUUGUAAACAGAUAUAUAGUAUAUUAAAGGCAGAAUGUGCACAUACAUUUUACACAUAAAUACAGCAGAAAUCAAGUAUAUCCUCUG